AUGAAGACGCCGGCAGUUUUGGCGGCACGAGUGAUCGGCCUCGCGCUCGCACUGUCGGCUGCAGGCGUCUGCAGAAAAGUGAACAAGCACAAGCCAUGGAUUGAGACGUCAUAUCGUGGUGUAAUCACUGAAAAUACAGAUGUGGUUUUGCUUGACCCCCCUCUGGUGGCCCUGGACAAGGAUGCACCUGUCCCGUAUGCAGGAGAGAUCUGCGCGUUUGGAGUCCACGGAUCAGACGCUCCGUUCGAAGCUGUGGUCCUGAACAGGACGUCUGGAGAAGGCCAGCUGCGGGCGAGAAGCCCCAUCGACUGCGAGCGCCAAAGAGAGUACACGUUCACCAUCCAAGCACAUGACUGUGGAUCCGGUCCUGGAGGCAUUGGUGCAAAGAAAUCACACAAGGCAGUGGUACAUGUGCAGGUUGGCGAUGUGAACGAGUUCUCCCCCGUGUUCAGCAGCGCCGUGUAUUCAGGCUCUGUGCAAGAGGGCAGAGUGUGUGACAGCAUCCUGCAGGUCGACGCCACAGACCGAGACUGUUCGCCUCAAUACAGCCAGAUCUGCAACUACCAAAUCGUCACAGAGAACGCGCCGUUCGCUAUCGACCGCAACGGCAACAUCAGGAACACGGAGAGCCUGAGCUUCGACAUCCAGCCGCACUAUGAGAUCAGUGUGACAGCUUUUGACUGUGGGCAGAAGAGAGCGACACGGAGUGCGACUGUACACAUCCACGUCAAACCCAUCUGCAAACCCGGCUGGCAAGGCUGGAAUAAACGUGUGGAUUACGAGCCAGGUACGGGUAGUAAACCACUAUUUCCCAAGAUGCACCUGGAGACAUGUGAAGGCACAGUGUCUUCUGUUAGGACCACCGUCGAGCUACAGACUGGUCAUAUCGGGAAAGGCUGCGACCGAGAGACGUACUCUGAGAAAUCUCUGCAGAAACUCUGUGGAGCUUCUUCAGGAAGCACUGACCUUCUCCCCGCCCCCAGUGCAGCAUUUAAUUGGACGAUGUCACUGCUGACAGAUGGUGGGCGCGACAGCGAGCUCAUAUUCCGAUUCGACGGACGGCAAGCGGCAAAGAUUCCUGACUGGGUGGCGCCGCAGAACCUGACGGAUCAGUUCACCAUAGCAACAUGGAUGAAGCACGGGCCAAGCCCUGGACUGAGAGGGGAGAAGGAGACACUGCUCUGUAACUCAGAUAAAACAGAGAUGAACAGACAUCAUUACUCUCUGUAUGUGCACAACUGCAGACUGGUGUUCCUUUUGAGGAGGGAUUACACCCAGAGCUCUUCAUUCAGACCGGCCGAGUUUCACUGGAAACUGGAACAGAUAUGUGAUAAGGAGUGGCAUUACUACGUCAUUAAUGUGGAGUUUCCUGUGGUGACGCUGUAUGUGGACGGCGUGACCUACGACCCGUAUCUGGUGACAGACGACUGGCCGAUCCACUCGUCUCAGAUCGACGUUCAGCUUACCGUCGGCGCCUGCUGGCAAGGAGGUGAGGUUUCCAAAGCCAGGUUCACCCAGUAUUUCCGUGGGAGUCUGUCAGGUCUGACAGUGAGGCCAGGUAAGAUUGAGAGUCAGAAGGUGAUUUCCUGCCUGCAGGCCUGCAAAGAGGGACUGGACAUCACGUCUCUGGAGAGCAUGGACAAGGGCUUAAAGUUCCACUUUAACCCCGCGCAGUCGGUGCUAGUGAUAGAGGGUGAAGAUCUGGAGCAGGUCAACACAGCGCUGAGGAAAGUCUCCUACAUCAACUCGCGGCAGUUCCCCACGGCCGGAGCUCGCCGCAUCCACAUCUCCACCACAGUACAGUGUUUCGGAGAGGACGUGUGCAUAACGGUUCCUGAUAUCGAAGCAGUCGUCAUGGUAAUGCAACCAAGUGAGCCACGAAUCACAAUAACAGGGGCGGAGCAUCUCAGCAUCCCCGCCUCAGACCUCGCCCUUGGUGUGUCGUUGUUCAGGGAUUUGCAUAUCAGCAGCACCGUCAUGAAGAGCGACCAAACAUCACACAGCACAGUGCACAGGUCAGGCAUGUUAGAAGAAAUCGUCCAUAAUCUCGACUACUGUGACAUCCUGGUGUUAGGGGAGGAGUUAAGGGAGGGGUUAGAGACCCUCCAGCUUCCCCACAGUGCACUAUUGGGCAAACACUUGGACUAUACCAACUCAACAUCUGGCAUGUCCAUUUAUGGCGUGGACUCUAUGGUUCACUACGCGCAGGUCAUCAGACAGGUGCGGUACCAGAACCUGCACAACGAUGUCUCAGCAAGAACCUUUCGAGUGACCUGCUCCGAACUCAAUGGGCGAUACACCAGCAACCCAUUUACACAGCAGGUUAAUGUACUUCACAGAGAACAACCUGUCAAGCAUGUCAGUCAUCAAAUGGCUCAACCCAAAUCCAUGCAACUUAGUCAUCAUCCAAUCACAGCGUUCAACAGCAAGAGCUCUGAUGUGUCCGGUGUAGUGAUAGUGGUGUGUGUUGCUGUUCUGAUGGUGGUGAUCGUCUCGGUUAGCUACCAUCUUUACCUCAAACACGUCCAGGAGGUCCCAGAUGCACACACGCAAUUAAAGGAAGAGAAGGAUUUGGAUCUCUCAGCCCUAACCAUUACUGUGAACCCGUUAGAGAGCUUUGAGGAGCUGCAGCCAGCAGAAGAAUUAACCGAAGAGGAAGUGGAGGAUGAUGAGGAGGACGAAGAUGAUGACAUGACUAGCAGUGAAUCAGACAGUGAUGAUGAAGAAGCUCCAAUUCCCAGCAUGCAACCACAGCCAGAAAUGCUGAGCAAGCUACACUGGCCAAAGGCAUCAUUGCACUGCUGAGAACACCUUCACACACAAACAUCACAUGCGCACACACACACACACACACACACACACACACACACACACACAUACACACAUCUGGGCAUUUUUAGGAUGCCUUCAUACAGAAACAGGAAAUUUAAAAAAAGAGAUCCACUCAGAAGAAUUUUCCACGACUGGAACACAAGAGAACUGAAUCCUGAUUGGCCAUGACGUCGAAAAUUGUGAAUUUAUUUUAAGUGGUUUAGAAAACAAAUUUCACAUCAGAGAGCUACAAUACACAGUGUAUGCCCACACGUAUUUGGACACAGAAUCAUUACAGAGACUGUAAUGGAGACUAGAGCUAAUUACAACAACGAAAG